AUCACAGUUGAGGAGGGCGGGCCUAUUGGGGGAGGACGCGGGCUCAUCGUUGGGCAAGACCCGACUUGCGUUUGCUUUUGUGACGGACUCCGGAGUUUGGCUACAGCGGAGUGAAAUACCGGCCAAGAUGAACCGGAUUCGGAUCCACGUGCUGCCGUCAAGCAGGGGACGGGUCACUCAGGCUGGUCGCACCCAGGAGCCCCAGGCCUGCGCCUACACCCAAAGAGCCUGCUCACAACCCCGCCUGGAAGGUUGGGAGUUCUGCAUCAAGCACAUACUGGAGGACAAGAAUGCCCCUUACAGGCAGUGCAGCUAUGUGUCCAACAAAAAUGGCAAGCGCUGUCCCAAUGCAGCACCGAAACCUGAGAAGAAGGAUGGAUUGUUCUGAUCAUCCUUUUGACAUGGGCUGUGUUGCAUUUUCUCUGUCCAGUGUGGCGUUUUGUGCUGAGCAUGCCCAUAGAAAUGCUCUGGCUUUGCAAGCACAGAUGCGCAAGGCCUCCUCGGGACCUUCCCCAGAGAUGCUGCUCUCUCAGCUCAGCGGCUACAGCAGGGCAGAAUCGGGAGCCCUCGGCCAAGAUGGACGCAGUGAAGCAAGCCGCAUUCUAGAUGAGGAUAGCUGGAGUGAAGAGGAGCAGGACCCGGUGGUGUUGGAUCAGAUGUGGAGAGGGGAUCCAGACAGUGAAGCUGACAGCAUAGAUAGCGAUCACGAAGACCCGCUGAAACAUGCUGGCAUAUACACAGCCGAAGAAGUCGCUCUUAUUACUCGUGAAAAGCUCAUCAGACUCCAGUCACUGUACAUAGACCAGUUUAAACGACUGCAGCACUUGCUGAAGGAAAAAAAACGACGCUACUUGCACAGCCGCAAGAUUGAGCAUGAGACAAUAGGCAGCAGUCUUUUGACGGGACCUGAAGGUCUGUCCAUGAAGGAACGAGAAAAUCUUAGAAAGCUGAAGGCUCUGCGACGCUACCGUCGUCGUUAUGGUGUUGAGGCUUUGUUACACAGGCAACUCAGAGAACGCAGACAGGCUAUAACCGAGGGAGGAACAGCACAGGCUCACUCAGUACGACCAAGCCAGAGGUGCAUUUCCUUUGUGGAAGGAACACGAUGUUCAAACCAGUGCCUGCCUAUGACGCGACAUUGUGUCUCUCACAUUUACCAAGAUGGUAGUCAGGUACUGUUUAAGAUGUGUCCUGGCCUGAAGGAUGUACCCUGUGACCGACCUGUGCAUAUGGGCCAGUCAGAGGAGCCACGGUGCCCUUUACAUCUCUCUCUGCCGCCUCCCAUGUAUCAGCCUGAGCAGGAGACCUUGGCCCCAGAACAGCUGGCCUCAGCCCCCACAGACCUGUAUCUCAGCGCUGCAGAGCUGCAGCCCACUGAGAGUCUGCCACUGGAGUUCAGUGAUGAUCUGGAUGUGGUGGGAGAUGAGGGGAUGCAGUGCCCACCGUCACCUCUGCUCUUCGACACAGCGCUGGCUCUGGAGGACCAGACCAUCCGUGCCAUAGCUGAGGCCCCCAUGGACAUCCUGACUGGGGCUGAGCAUGGAGAUCUGGACGGCUCAUCACAUGACCCAGAGCUUUCAGAAACGGAUGAAAUGUCAGUGAUAGAUCAGGCCGUGUCAGAGGUACCCGAGACAGCAGGAGAGGAGGAUGCCACGCAGAAUUCAUCAAAGGACCCUGACACAAUAACAACAGAUGCCACAUCCUGAGCACCUUGUGACCUGAAUUUCUCAGCUGUCUGUAGACCUUAUUACCUGCUGCACUGUUGUGGUUUCAGAACAUGGAGUCUGACCAAAAGCCAUAUUUACAAAGCCUGCCCCCGCAGUGCAAAGACUGUACCCUAUUUAUGGAAAACGUUCAGAUGUGUAUUAUAAAAGGUAAUCGCUAGAGGACUGAUGUUAACAUAGAAACUGCGCCUGAAUCUGUUGUUGUACUUGGAAAUAAAACAGAACGUGUCACCGUAGUCCUGAA